UAAGAGUUAAUGAUCUCACAGAACUUCAGUGAGUAAGACUGUAGUACAGGGUGUACCACCAUUCAGUGGUCGUUAUUGAAUCUGCCAUAAUCCUAUUUUGUAAGAGUGUGUGUGCGUGUACAUGCGUGCGCAUUCGCGUACGUGCCUGGAUCUCUUCAGUGGUUUUGUUUUGUAAAUGCGCUGUUGCAUGGUAACUGCCUGGAGCGCACGGUGGGGUAGUUAUUGUUUACACGGCAGCAGUAGUAAGUUGUGAAAGCACGCUGUAGUCCACAGAUGAGCACACACACACACCCAACAGCGUGUCUCACUGAACGCAUAACCGGCUGACUUGAGCGUUGCAACACUGAAACCGUGUUCAGCUGUGGAGAACCAGCGAAAACAUGGAAAAGCUGAGCGUGGAUCAGCGCAGGGAGAUGACGCAGUACAGACAGAGGGCUGCGCAGCUGGAAGCAGACAGACUGCGCAGGGCUAAUCUGCUAGCCCGGGUUCAGGACAUCAUAGACAGCGCGCAGGUGCGGAAGGGGACGGGGGAGUGUGAGGGCCCCGCCUCUCCCGCCCGCAGCCCCACAAAAUCCGAGGUCAUGAACGGCUUCGCCCUGCUGCCCAACAUGUCCAGCCCGCCCUGGGGUGCGCGGGACAGGGAGGCCCGAAACGCGGACCCCCCUGCGCUGAGGCGGAGCCUGACGCUGCCCAACGGGAUGGGAGAGGGAGUGGAGGGGUGCGAGGAGGGGGAGGGGGCGGAGUGCGGGGGGCGCAGUCUGAGCCUGCAGGCCCUGCUGAGGAAGUCGCGCGCGUACCUGGAGCGGGAGCACGGCCGCCGGGGAGCCUGGGCCGGCGGGAGGGGGCGGGGCGCGCCCCCGCAGGCCGAGAGCCUCUCCGACAAGGAGAACGAGAGCAGCGGGGGCGAGCAGGGCACGGAGAGGCGGAGCCAGAGCCCCCUGACCCCGCCCACACGCCCGCCCCCCUCAGAGCCGGACCUUUCCCCCGACUCGCUGCUGGAGCGCGUCCCGCGCAGCCUGACCGGGUCCUACGCCCGGCUGCCCAGCCCCGAGCCCAGCCUCAGUCCCCGCCCACACCGCCGCAGGCCCCGCCCCUUCUCCGCCGGCAACAUCCUCAUCUCCUGCCCCAUGAGUGCCGCCGAGCUCAGUCCAGGGAAGGGCCAGGAGGGGGGCGAGCCGGGGGCCUGGGGGGCAGCGGCCCGGGACGCCGCCCCAGAGAGGAGGUCUCCGAACUGCCGCUCUCCUGCUGCCUCGCCGCCGCCCUCUGCUGUUGCCCUCCGGAACAGCGGCCAGUCUGGCGCCCGGCAGCUCCGUGGCCUGCCCGCUCCGGUCAGCACCUCCGCCCCGGGUCCCGCCGGGCCGGACCCCACCCCGCCGGGAAUCCGCCGGCGGUCCAACACGCUGGACAGCUCCGCGCGCCCCGCCCAGUCCGGACCCCCGCUGGACCGGAGCCAGGAGGGGACCCCGCGGCUCCUGGGGGGCCCGGCCCAACGAGCCACCCGCCGCCGCUCUCCGCCCGCGGCCCUCAACCAGUCCUACGACAUCGAGAGCCCUUCGCCCAUGCUGCAGCGGCCCCAUGUGACCUCAGAACCCGCCCCCGGCUUCAUCAAGCACCAAUCAGAGCUGGAGGGCUCGCACGAGGGCGGAGCCGUGCUCAGCCCCUUGCCUGUGUGGGAGCAGAACAGAGCCAGCGAGGAGGUGCAGAGGCGGGUCACGGCUCUGGAGGAGGCGCGGCGGCAGAUGGAGGAGGAGCACGCCCAGCAGCUGUCCCUGCUCAUCGCCGAGCAAGAGAAGGAGCAACAGCACCUCCGACAGGAGCUGGAGGAGAGAGACUGGGCACUCAGAGGGCAGGGCGGAGACCAGGCCUUGAGUGACAGCCUGACCACUGCUGAGCGGUCUCCUGCGCAUAGCAUCGGGUGCCUCCCUGUGUUCAGUCCUGGGGUCCCCCUCCCGGCGGCCCACUCCCCUGCCUACCGCCGGGGGCCAUCCUGGGGGGCCGGCAAACCCCGGAGCAGACUGAACCAGGUGAUGUUUCCUCCAGAGCUGCAGGGGGCGCUGUGUCGUUUGAGUGCUGUGGCACGGGGCUUCCUCACCCGCAGACUCCUCAAAACAGAGAAGCUCAAACACCUGCGCCAGACUGUACUGGACACUCGGGUAUUCAUCCAGUCAUUCCAGACUGAAGCUCUUCUGAAGAGGGGCUCCCUCUCUGCACAGGAUGUCUCUCUGCAGGAGAGGCUCAGAGUCCAGCUGAGGGCUGCCCUGUAUGAUGUGUAUGACGUGUUCUUCGUGAUGCCGCUGGGAGAGAGACUGGCUCUGCUGCAGCAGGACAGAGAGCUGCGUACUGAGAGGAAGCUCAGAGAGAUGAACAAAGGGAGGAGCCCGAGGGAGAGGGCGGUCCUUUCAGCCGCCACUCAGAGAUCACUGGACAGGAAGAAGCAGAGGGUCACUAACACACCAGGACAGGGCAAGAGGUCACAGCAGAAGCCAAAGAGCCCCCCUAUCAACAGAGUUCUGCAGCCCAACCAGGGCUUGAACGCCCCUCUCCCAGGCCAGCCUCUGAGACACGGGAGCCUGAGCAGGAAGAACCCGGAGGAACGAGUGAAGCGGGUGGACAGCCUGAAGAAGCCCAACUCGCUGGGUUAGCCCCCCCCUCUCCCCACACCACCACCCCUUACACACUUAUGACACUACCCCCACCUGCAAUCUAAUCUCAGCACACCCCCCCCCCCGACCAAUGCACCGACGCCUGCAAACCUUCAGUCCCAUGGCAACAUUUUCCAUGCCAACACCUCAGCAUUCCUUUGACCCCCCCCCCCCCCAAAAGCACCUCUACAUGCCAAGCCCGAGUGCCAAGAUUUGCAAACGUCCCACACUAAGACCCCAGAACCCCCCCCCCCCCCCCCCCCCCCACUUCCAUACCCACGUGGGCCCUGAGAGGGGGAGGUGGCGAGGGGGUUGCCAGUUCUGCUGUUCUGCUCUGGGGAACACAGCCUGCUCCGGAGGCAAUGGGGGAACAUAACCUGCUCCUCCAUUCUCCCCUCGAAUCCGCACCGUUUCCCUCCAUCUCUUUUACACUCAGCAGCAUGGUCCCCCCCUCCCUCAGGCAGAUGUGCGGUUUCAGUUCUCACGCAUUGCCAAGAUAGCGCCUGUGACACGUGGCCCAGGUGCAAAGCCUGUUAAGAGUUCACGUUUCUGCCAAACUGUGACUUCUCAGCAUGCUGUGAGAACACGGGGGGGGGGGACCUGCGUAGUUACCUGAGGGUGGGCUGUCUGUGACCCCAUUCCCCGUUUAGCACUGGACCCUCAGGAGGGAGGGCACAGCUGGGUUUGCGCCGCUGUUAUUUCAGGAACAUGGGCGAGUAGCUCCAGAGAAGAAAGACAAUCUUUCCCUCGUCUUUUUCAUUCUCCCAUCCUUUUCCAUCUCUUCUUCCUUUUUCCGCACCGGAGUAGUUCCCCAGGUCAUCACACACACGGACACGCGCACGCGACUUAAAACUCACCACCGCUGUGACAUUUUAUUCUUUUCUUCUCUCCAGAGUUAGGAAAAUCAAAUGCCCUACACCUCUCAAUUUGUGCCGGUAGUAGAAUUAGAAACAGGUUCUUUUCGUGAAAGUUUGUGUCUGUUGUGUUUUUUUUCCUCAAAGUUUCAAAGUUUUAAGGCCUUACCUCGCAGCUUUCUUUGGUGUCCGCCUUUAGCAUGUUGGUUGAGAUUCACGUAUUCUUACCUACAAGGCGAGGUAGCAGAAAGGAACACUUCAGUGCUACAUAGUAAUUACUUGAAUGUUCGUGGCCUUUCGUUUAGGAUUUCUUAAAAAGAAAUACCUCGAUUUGUGAAUAUAAGCAGGUUAUUUCAUGAAUUUGUGCAAAUGUACAACAUACAAAUUCGCGAGGUAGCAGAUUUUUAAAUGAUUCAGAAUUAAAAUGAUAUGUUCAGGACAGCUUAACAGUCUAAAGGCAGUUCCAGUCCUGGUUAUUGCCUUUUCGCCCGUGCUGCAGUCGUAUGUUAUUAAAGCACACUAUCGCCACCUGCUGGUGGCCUCAGUUUAUGCAGCUUCCCUCGCUAGUGUCUCAAACUGACUUGUCACCGCAGUUUCCAGCGGAAGCCAAUGUCUCGCCAAUCUUGCCAUAGCACUCUGUGCAGCAGUGUCACGAAGGGAAUUACAACAUUUAGUUUUUCCCUUGCAUUUUUUUAAAAUAUGCGUUUUGACUGCAUUCAGAUUUUCUGGCUCAGUGUAUUUAUUUAUUCCUGUUUGUAAGAAUGUUAUGUUGACAAUUCAAAGGUAAUAAAAUGAAAACUUUUUGCUGAA